AUGGAGCUACUCUGGGCUCUCUUCCUCGGGGUUGUAGGCGUUGUAGCAACUCCUUUUGCCUUGCUGUUCUUCUGGGCAGUUUAUUACGAUUUCUCGAGGACCCGCAUUCCCCCUGGACUCGCCCAUCCGUGGAAGCUUCGGUUGAUUCACUGGGUCUUCAUUAUGAUCAUCACUGCGGGGGAGAUCUGUGAACGUCUAGGCCUCUGCAGACAGGUUGCUGUCGUCCGCUUUAUUACAGAACUCAAGAGGACAAGGUUGGAUCCCAGCCUCUUCUUUAAAGAUCUGCACUUCAGUGGGGUGCCUGUUCGGGUUUACUACCCUAAAGCACCAUCUGCUGGCCUCAGAAGGGGGUUGGUCUUCUGCCAUGGAGGAUGUGGCACGUUUGGAAGCAUCGCUCUCUAUCACAACAUUUGCAACAUAAUCACCAAGAAGGGCGAUUUAGUCCUCGUGUCUGUUGGCUAUCGCCUGGCUCCCGAGCAUCCGUACCCUACUCAGUACCAAGACUGCCUCACUGCCACGCUGCACUUUCUGCAAAACGCAAACGCCUAUGGGGUGGAUCCUUCCCAGGUCAUCAUCAGCGGGGAAAGCAUUGGAGGGAUUUUUGCUUCUGCGGUCGCCCAGAAGCUAGUGGGGAGAACAGACGUCCCCAAGCUACGUGCUCAAGUGCUGAUCUAUUCCGGCUUCCAGGUCAUGGACUUCAACUUGCCUUCCAAUCAGCAGAACUCUGCGAUUCCAUUAUUGUACCGAGACAGCGCCAUCUAUUUUGGAACAAAGUAUUUUGGGAAGAGCACUUCUCUGUGUGAUGACAUCCUGAAGGGCUCCCAUGUGCCCAAUGAGAUGAGGCUGAAAUAUGGGAAGUGGGUCAGUGCGGACAAUAUUCCAGAAAGGUUUAAGCGUCGAGGCUACCAACAAGUACCCCUCGCCUCUUAUAAGCCUGAAGUGUAUCGGCAGUUUCCAGAGUUAUUGGAAGUCACGUUUUCCUCUCUUUUCGCUGAAGACUCUGUGAUCCGGCAGCUGCCGGAGACGUUAAUAGUGAGCUGCGAAUAUGACGCCUACCGGGAUGACUCUCUCCUGUACAAGAAACGGCUGGAGGACAGUGGCGUGCGAGUCCAUUGGUUCCAUGCGGAAAAUAGUUCCCACGGAGUGAUAAUUACCUGUGACUUUGGCUUUUUUGCACUCCCUGGUGCAAUAGAAAUCCUGGACCAAGUUGCAGACUUUGUCAAAAGUUUAUGAGACGUAAAACAACAUGGCUACCAGUCCAGUUCUGGAAAUAUUCUACGUAUCUCCAGGCCAACAGAAAGAGGGAGCUACGAAUAUGAUGCCUUCCGGGAUGACUUAUGCCAAAUACAUUCCUGAUCUUCCCCACAGCUAUCCUAAGAUAUCAUCAUACGCAAGGCAAUAGCUUUUUGCCCACUGCUCUUCCAGGCCAAGUCAUUGGUGCAACUCUAAAUAACAACAACAACAACAACAAAGAUCUACAAAUUGACAUUGAAAGGCUGUGGCAGAAAAAGACCAAAAUAAUCCCACUGGUAAUUGCUGCCCUGGGUGCAGUUCCAAAAGACCUUGAAGAGCACCUCAACACCAUCGAGGCCACAGAAAUCACCACCAGCCAAUUACAAAAAGCAACUUUACUGGGAACAGCCGAUAUUCUGUGACGAUAUCUAUAACAACAGCAACAACAUUGACAAUAAAAUACAGCUAUCCCAGGUCCUUGGGAAGGACUCGAUGUCUGGAUAAAACAAACCAGUCAAUAACACCUGUCUGACUGUGUAAAUAAAUAAAUAAAUAAAUAAAUAAAUGUAAAACAAGUUAAAAUAAUUGACAAAGCAAUACCAGGGGAUAGGAGAAUAGAAGAAAAAGAAAUAGAAAAAAUAACAAAAUACCAAGAUCUACAAAUCGAAAUUGAAGGGCUGUGGCAGAAAAAGACCAAAAUAAUCCCAGUGGUAAUUGGCACCCUAGGUGCAAUUCCAAAACAAAUUGAAAAGUUACAUCUUGAGUUACAUCCAGAACAAGAACCAACCUAAGAAAAGCAAAGAUCUGGAAGAACUAUAUAUCCACAUGCAUAAGGACUAUGGACACAAUUUGACCUUCAGCCACACUUUAUGGGAUCAAGAAUAUAGGCUAUUUCUUUGUAAUUGUGUGCUUUAUAACAUAUGUUUAUUCAUCCUUUGUGUGUGUGGGAAUAGACUCUCUAUAAUGGCUUAAGAAUGGCAACUUGAAGAAAGAAACAGAGGGUUUAAUACUGGCUGCACAAGAACAGGCACUAAGAACAAAUGCAAUAAGAGCAAAAGUCGAAAAGUCAACAACAAACAGCAAGUGCCGCCUUUGUGAAGAAGCAGAUGAAACCGUGGACCACCUAAUCAGCUGUUGUAAAAAGAUUGCACAGACUGACGACAAACAAAGGGGUGACAAGGUAGCAGGGAUGAUACACUGGAACAUCUGCAAAAAAUACAAGCUAAUUGCAGCCAAAAAUUGGUGGGACCAUAAAAUUGAAAAAGUUGAAGAAAAUGAAGAUGUAAAAAUAUUAUGGGACUUCCUAAUACAAACAGACAAACAUCUGCCACACAAUACACCAGAUAUCACUGUAGUCGAGAAGAAAGAAAAACAAGUCAAAAUAAUCGACAUAGCAAUACCAGGGGAUAGCAGAAUAGAAGAAAAAGAAAUAGAAAAAAUCACGAAAUACAAAGAUCUACAAAUUGAAAUUGAAAGGCUGUGGCAGAAGAAGACCAAAAUAAUCCCAGUGGUCAUUGGCGCCCUGGGUGCAGUUCCAAAAGACCUUGAAGAGCACCUCAACACCAUCGGGGCCACAGAAAUCACCAUCAGCCAAUUACAAAAAGCAACUUUACUGGGAACAGCCUAUAUUCUGCGACGAUAUCUAUAACAACAGCAACAACACUGACGAUAGAAUUCAGCCAUCCCAGUUCCUUGGGAAGGACUCGAUGUCUGGAUAAAACAAACCAGUCUAUAACACCUGUCUGACUGUGUAAACAACAACAACAACAACAAUAAUAGUAAUAUAAUAUAUGGAGUAUCACUCAGCCCAUAGACCAACUUUGCACUGCUUUGAAUGUGUACAAUCUAGGUUUUUCCGGUCCCUUUUUGGUAUACCUAAGUUUGUUGCCAAAGCUUUAUUGAGACUGGAGACUGGCCUGGUGAGAGAAGAGACCAGAUUAUGGAUAACAGCAGUUAAUUAUUGUCACAGGCUGAAUACUAUGCCUUUGGGCCUGGCUUGGUCCUCUUACUCUGAGCGACAAUUUCCAUUCUAGUUAGCUGAAAUGUAUCACCCACAAACUCCUUAUUUGUGGCCUGUCUUGGGACAAUCUCUUCAUGAAGAGAGCUGGUCUUGUAGUAGCAAGCAUGACUUGUCCCCUUAGCUAAGCAGAGUCUGCCCUGGUUGCAUAUGAAUGGGAGACUAGAAGUGUGAGCACUGGAAGAUAUUCCCCUCCUUAGGGGAUGGGGCCGCUCUGGGAAGAGCAUCUAGGUUCCAGGUUCCCUCCCUGGCAGCAUCUCCAAGAUAGGGCUGAGAGAGACUUCUGCCUGCAACCUUGGAGAAGCCGCUGCCAGUCUGUGAAGGCGAUACUCAGCUAGAUGGACCAAUGGUCUGACUCAGUAUAUGACAGCUUCCUAUGCUCCUAUGUUAAACAGGGAGCUGGCCAAAUAAAUGAUUGUACGGUCUUUUUUAGAUCUAGAACAGUAAUUCAAUUUGAGCCACAUUCCUUCCUUUUGCAAGACCCUAGCUGAAAUUGAUGGGAGAGCAAUGGCAUAUGCCUUUUAUACUCUGACAUACCUUAAAUAUUGAUAGGCUUCCUCAAGGGCAAGAUAUAAUGUCCUCCCCUCCCUGCUGAUAUAGUAAAAUCCUCACUGUAUGUCGUCUGUUUCCUUGUGGAGCGGAAGGAAUUGAAACUAUAAAACACGUGCUCUUGUAUUGCAGAUUUUAUUCUGAUAAAGUCACAAUUGGAUUUUUCCUUUUUUACUGAAAUCUCUGGGGCACUCUGAUGACAUUUAUGUCACAUUGCUUUUAGUAGAUCAAAGGUAUCAGGUCACCUAUAAUGUUGCUAAGUUUUGUUCUUUCGCUUCUAGACUGCGGCAGUCUUUGAUAGCAGAAUUAGGGCGCUUUCCAGAGUCCCUGCUCAACAGCAGCAAAAUGCUUCCGUCCAGGCAAAUCACAUUCAAAACAUAAAUAGUAAAGAGCCCAGCAGGGGGAGCAGACUUGCGAAAACCAACAACCUCGCAAACCAGCAACUUUUUCAUGCUGGAUAUACGAUGUCAUCGCACUAUUAAAUUCGAAACAAGGCAUUGGAAAUAUGAACGCCACCGUACGAAAGACCACGGUGUCACAACACAGGAAGUGUGGAAGCACACUUCAGAGAUUCGUCAUGACCCCGUUGCAGGGUCUAAUCUGGAAAGCACCCAGUUCUGUUCUGCUUUUGAUGUAUCAUCUAUUAUUAUUAACUAUGUGCCUUUCUGUUGGACUCUGGCUGUAAUAAAGAUUGG